AUGAAUAAAAAUGGAAGUAGGAUUAUUAUCACAACAAGGGACAUGCGUGUUGCAUCUUGUUGUAAAAAAUAUCCUAAUUCACAUGUGCUUGUGGUGCAACCUUUAAGUCCAGAAAAAUCUUUGGAGUUGUUCCUUCAGAAAGCCGGAAUUGAUUUGACUGAAUGUUUUUCAAAAGAUCUUAUGGGUAUAUGUUCUGAAAUUGUUAAAAAAUGUGAGGGUUUACCAGUAGCACUUGUGGCCAUUGGUCAAUAUUUAUGUAUGCUAGAAAAAGAAAAACAUGUAUGGACAGAAUUUAGUCAAAAGCUUAGUUCAAAUUUGGAGAAAAAUUCCCAUUUAACUGCUAUCAAGGCGUAUUUAGAUACUAGCUAUCACGAUUUGCCAUACCGUCUCAAACAAUGCUUGUUGUAUUUUGGAAUAUAUCAAAAAAUUGAAUCUAAGAGACUGAUUCGGCAGUGGAUAGCUGAGGGGUUUAUCAAAUAUGAAACCGGGGAAACUUUGGAGCAAACUGCAGAAAUUUUUUUGACUGAGUUGAUCCAAAGAAAUCUGGUUCAAGUAUCUUCAUUUGGUAGUAAUGGCAAAACUAGAAUUUGUCAUGUUCAUGGGCUAGUACAUGACAUGAUCCUUAAAAAAAUUGCAUAUUCAGGUUUUUGCCACUUUGUUAGGGAAAAUGGUGAUUCGUCAGCAUCUGAUCAUAGGAAUUUUCGUCGCCUAACAAUAGCAACCAUUUCCAAAAAUUUGAUUAAAACUUCUGAAACGCCAGUCAUUUGGGAACUUAUAAGGUCAAAGAACAAGCAGGAACGCAUAAGAAGGGCACAGUACACGCGGUCACUGCAUAUUUUAACAGAGGAAGAAUUACCAGACCACUUUGUGAGGAGUAUCCCUACAAUAUACUCCCGAUUGAAGGUACUUGAUUUUGAAGGCGCUCCACUGUAUAAUGUUCCAGAAUAUUUGGGAGUUUUAUCAUACUUGAGGUAUUUAAGUUUCAGAAAUACAGAGGUACAGAAUCUUCCAAGAUCCAUUGGUAGACUCCACAGCCUCGAGACCUUGGAUCUAAGGCAAACUGGGGUGCGUGAGGUGCCAAAAGAGAUUAACAACCUCAAAAAGCUUCGACAUCUUUUAGCUUAUGGUCCGUAUAAUGGAUAUGGGAUUCGAAUGAAUGAUGGGAUUGGAGCCCUAGAAUCCCUCCAAACGCUACGUGAAGUGAAAACGGGUCUCGGUGGUGGAAAUCUGAUUGAAGAGCUUGGAAGUCUGACGCAGUUAAGGGAGUUGGGCUUGACAGCAGUUUGGGGAGAAUUCACAAGUUCUCUAUGUUCCUCAAUCAAUAAGAUGCAACAUUUGGAGAAACUAUAUAUCGCUGCAGCAUUUGAAGAUGAAGUCAUUGAUUUGGACUGCGAUGUAUAUGCACCUGUACUUCGGAAGCUUCUACUUAGAGGGAAGUUGGACCCGUUCCCAAAAUGGGUUUUAAAGCUCCCAAAUCUUGUUAAGUUGUCCUUGUCAUACUCCAAGUUAACUCAUGAUCCAUUGACUACACUAGGACAUAUGCCAAAUUUGUUGUACCUCAGUAUCCUGAUCAAUCGUGCACUUGAAGGUGAAUGCUUGCACUUUCGAGGUGGAGGGUUUCAGAAGCUAAAGCAACUAGUACUCAAGUCCUUGGGUGAUUUGGAUUCCAUCGUUAUUGACACAGGAGCACUGCCUUCUCUCGAAAAGUUCACAUUAGUCAAAACCCCCAAACUCAAGGAGGUGCCUUUGGGUAUCUACAACUUACCAAAUUUGUUGUACCUCAGUAUCUUCUAUGGUGCAUUUCAUGGUGAAUGCUUGCACUUUCGAGGUGGAGGGUUUCAGAAACUAAAGCAACUAGAACUCAAGUCCUUGUAUGAUUUGGAUUCCAUCGUUAUUGACACUGGAGCACUGCCUUCUCUCGAAAAGUUCACAUUAGUGAAUAUCCCCCAACUCAAGGAGGUGCCUUUGGGUAUCUACAACUUACCAAAGCUUGAAGUCCACAUUAUGGAUAUGCCAGAUGAAUUUGUGCAAAGCAUUGAUCACGAUGGGGGACAACAGAAGUGGAUCAUAGAGGAGGUACAGGAGCCUUAUGCAAGAAUUGUCAAACGAUUUUGGGAAUAA